AAGACUGCUUGCUCCUCCCUACCACCUGGAAAUUGCUCGUUCAGCUCCUCUCGCGCAAUUUGAAGCGAGACGACACCUAAUUUCCGUCUCAUGCGGGACACAAAUAUGUCAGGAGAUAAUGACAGUAACUCCCCGGAACCCACGGUAGCGUCCAUACUAGGUAUAAAGGGUCCUCUACGCUUUCGGACUCAUGGUGCUACACAAAAAGCGCACGUCGUCCUCCGACAAGUAGAUCUCUCGGAAGAAUCCGAGGAUGAAGGAGAUGGAAAAUCUAUGGUAUAUUUCAGUUUGUUUGCGCAAAAAAGGAUAGAAGUCAAGCCGGGCAAAGAGAUCCUCCUCGCAGUUGCAACUCCGGAUGGAAGAUAUAUUGACACUCCUGUGAUGUUUACGGGUGAAUUACCUGGAAACGAACCAAAAGCAAUGGAGGUGACACCUACCAAGGUCGCUGAGAAGCCCCCUACACCACCAGCGACACCUGCUGCCUUGCCCCCUCGGAUGCGCAAAACCUGGAGUAAAAUACUAGAAACAUCACCUGCUCCUGCUAUUCCUCUUAUCCCUCGUACUCAUCAGUCAGUUGGCGUGCAAUGCGAUCAUACGUACGAUUCUCACUCAGUACAAACCCCCGCGGAACCUGCGGUGCAGCAGGUGUCCUCUUCAGUUCAAACUGAAGCUGUGAUUGAGUCGCAGGCAGUAGCCUACAGCGCUGCAAAGAUUCCCUCACCCAUACGGACUGAAGAAGCCGCAACAAUUGAAGUUACGGCCUGCUCUGCUGAAGUACCCCCUAGCUCUCCAGUGUCUGAAACGUACUCCCCAUCGCUGUCCGUAAACUUGGGUAUGAACUUCACAGGGCGGGAUAGGAGUCUCUCACCUAUGGAGCUUGACUCUCCAGGAAGUAGUCCAACUUUAGCACCGACAGGGCUCCUUACACAAUCUGAGGAUGACAGACCGAAGUCGAUGUCGCUUUCUCCCCCUGGUUUAUCCUUGUCGACUUCGUCCUCCUCUUCACCUCCCGGGCUGGAUGUGCACUUAUCUCCCCUACACCUCUCUCCUGACUCUGGAGAUCCACCUGGCCUAGCGAUUCCUGCGUACGAGUCACGACCACCACAUGUGCUGUCGUCCACCCCAACGGACGACGGCACUGCGGUUGGUUCUACACGAGUAGAAGCUACACCGACAAAGAGCUUUACACCCACCAGUCAGCCAGUGCAAUCUUCCCCAACUCCACCAGGUACGGAUGUAACUAUUGUUCCCAAUGUCAAGCAAGAACCAGCGCCGUACAAGCCGAAGCGGAAGCCUGUGCUAAAUCCGUUUGUAUCUGGCGGUUUGCUAACAGACUUCGUAAGUGGAUCAGUUGCGAGAGCUGCUGUUGACACGCCGAAAGUGCAAUCUGCACCAAAAUCUGCUUCUCCUUCUCCGAAUCCAGAGCCAGCGAUAACCACGCCCAUCAGAGCCAGCCAUUCCAAAUCGCUAUCCCCUACUACUACUUCGCGUGCCUACUCUCCCCCGACCCCACCAUCCGCUAGCAGCAGCAAGGUGAAGGUAGAAGACAUCCCUCCUGAGCCUUCGAAGGCAGAGGUUGCUGUAGCACCCCUGCAAUGUACUCCACUGACCCAUCCGCCACCACUAAACUUUGUUAGAUCGAUGCCGCCGCCUCCACCACCGCGUCCGGUUGAAACUCAGAACGGACCAAAUGAUACAGACCGACCGAUUCCUAUACUCAUGCCUCCUAGGACAUCUCACGGCUUCUUCCCCCCUGGCCCUUCUCGUCAGGACCAGCCAAAUGGUCGACAAGUCAGACGAACGUACACGCCUCCUUCUGAUUCCAAACCUCCAUCCUUCUUGCCAUCAGGAUCAUUUACGAAUCCUCUGAAUAUUCGCCCAUCCGGUCGACCGUUCAUCCCUAGACAGAACGGCUUUCAUCAACCGCAACAACAGCAGCAACAGCAGCAGCACCAAGGAAACGGAUGGCCAUAUAAUCGGCAAGGGAAUAGUGCCACCACUCCGUCCAAGCCACCCGGUGGUAACGAUAAUUUGAACAAUCAACAGCGCGACGAUAGAAAUGCCAAUAUCAACCGUAGGGCUUCCUGGGGCCAACCUGCACCUGCAGCUUGGCCACAACCUCCACCACCUGGGCCUCCUGCACCCGGUCCCGGUAUUUGGCCUCAACCACCUGCAUCGUAUGAUCGCGGUGGUUGGGAAGAAGAAUAUGAUCCUAGGAAUCCUAUGAAUGGCUUCGCUCCACCUCCGCCUCCUCCACGAGAUAAUAUGUACCCUCCACCCAAUAUCACGCCGCAAAAAUCAUUGGAGUUAAUCUCUGCUCAGUAUUCUACCCCUCAAUCUUCACGACAACCAAGUAGAGCAUCUUCUAUCUCCGACAAUGUCUCUGUCUCUUCGACUAACUUCCAACCGGAUCGUCCACCCACUCCUCAUUAUCCGCCGCCUAUCAAUACUUCUUUCAUACCUCCACCUCCUCCACGACCAGGAGUCAACAGUCAACCCAUUACGCCGACUCACCCUUUACCUCCGAAGCCUUCUGCGUUUCCUAAUGAUCAUAGUCGAGCGACAUGGUCACCACGACAGGGCGUGAAGCGAAUGGCAUCGCUGGAGCCUAUAAGCCCUCAAGAUAAUAAGCAGAACAGUAUGUUCAGUUGGCCGACAAUUGAGGGGACGCACACUUCACGCGUCAAGGGUGAAGAAGAAAUAGCAAUUACUUCGAUAGUGUUCAACUCGGACGGUACUCUCUUUGCUUUGACAUGUUCUGACCGAACAGUUCGUAUAUGGAAUAAUCGAACACGUCUAGAGAUCGCAAGACUGGGACAUACAAUGUCUGUGUUGGCGGUCGCUUGGUUGGAUCAUGAUUCAGGAGUUGUCACGUUAGGCGAUAAUGGUAUCGUUAGUACCUGGACGCGGAACGUUCAGAAUAAAUGGCAAUGGGCAAAAAUUCUGGAUGCUGGUGGUCGGGGUUCCAACGAGCAGCCGACUUGUCUUGCCUUCGGUGGUGAUCGUAUUGCGAUUGCCUUUCCGCAGGCAGGCGUGAAGGUGUGGCUAUUCGUCAAAGGAACGUGGUUCCCUCAGCGAUCUAUUCUUCAACAUAAUGUGUCCGCAAUCAAGUUUGUUGACGGCGGCGAUGCCCUCAUAGGAGCGACUGGCGACGGUGUCCUUUGGCAUUGUGAAAUUCCGAACGGGACCCUCAAGGUAUCAGCAUUCUUGAAAUCUAAAGUUUUGUCUUUAGACGUUGAAGGCCGGAACACUCUGGUUGCACUUGCUGGCGGUCGUAGUCAGCUACUCACUAUAUCAUCUGAUGACCAUAAAGGAACUAUCGAGCAGACCUACUAUUUGGGUGACCCAGAGCUUCAAAGCAAUGCGCUCUACGACUUUGGUGCGUUGUUUGCCAACCGAAGUCAGGCCAUUAUCUAUGGUGCGGUACGAGGAUGCCUCAUGGUCUGGGACCGAAGUACUGCGGAUGUCAGUUAUGGAAUGGCACAUGGAGAAAAUGACCAGGUUCUAGCCAUCUCAAGCUUCGAAGGAGGUCAGACUUCCAAUAUUCAGAUCAUUACCGGAACUCGGAACGGUCGAUUGACCUGGUUUACUCAACCUGCUGAGGGUCAAGUGCGAAAGCGCGUCAAAGUUGCUUAAUUUUCUUUCCCCCGUACAUAGCUAUGUUUGGUUUCCUAAGUUAUCUCGCUGAAAUUUUGGCCGGUCUUGUACAGCAUGUUAUGUUUGUAUAGUCUAUACAAUUUGGAUAUAAUAAACGUAGUAGUCCUAUUUUCACACGGUGGUAACCAAUAGAAACGCAUUGUAUUGGAGAC